UGGUAAACUUCUGUUCUCCCUACCGUCAUUUCUCAACCUCUAUAAAUUAUCUUAGAUCCAAUCCGCCCCUCGUCUCCCUCGUGGCGCCGACCUUCACUUCUUUCUUCUCUCCGAGGGAUUUCCCCUAGGGCAUUUAUCUGUGAUCCUUGGAUCCGUUUCAAAGAUGAAUCACUUUAACCUUCAGCAGAACGCCUUUGCAGUUGGCAGUGAAGAGAUGAGGGGCUCUGUUUCGAUCUCUGAUCUUGUCUGCCCAAAGCCUAGGCGUGUUGGGGUUUUGGCUAAUAAUCCUGUGAGGCCCUUGAGAUGGCACAUGAGUCAUCAAGCAGAAGUUUGUGAUUCGAAGGCCGGAGCAGAGCUUCUUGAUAUCAUUCUCAUGAAGGAGGGUCGUGGGCCAGAGCAAUCUCCAACCCAUUUUGCCUCGUCACCGCCAUAUUUUGUUGGGUCUCCUCCAAGCAGAUCCGCCAACCCAUUAAUCCAAGAUGCUCGAUUUGGAGAUGAAAAGAUAACUCCUAUUUCACCAUUGUCAAUAACAUCUCCUUCCGGGGUUUCAUCUCCAUCAUCAUCUUCGCGCAAAGGAGGGUGUGCUAGAAUGAAGUUUGGACUGAAACCAGCCACAGUUAGAGUAGAAGGUUUUGAUUGCCUUAACAGGGAUCGCCAAAAUUCCAGCAUCCCUGCUGUCGCAUAGAACCCCAUCACAGGAAGUGUACAUAGAAGAAGCUAAAUGCCACCAGAAUUCAUAAACACAGUCGAUGUAACAAGAGAAGGGAAUUUUGCAUAUUUUUGGAGAGCAUUAAAGAUCUUCUGUUAGUAGGUCAUGUAUAUAUACCAUAUGUUUUUGUUGGUGAUCAUCUCAUUGCGAAUAUCUCUGUAAUUAGCUUGGUUGAACACGAAGGAGACAGCAAACCUUGUGUUGUCAAGCAAGGGUUUGAAUUAUGUUGUAGUGCACGGUUGUUUUCUGUAAUAGUAGAAGAUGGGCUAGUUUUGGGGGUGGUUUAGUGUCCUAAUUUUUUAGGUGAUCGCCACGAAAAAGUUCUGUAUAGAGGCGGAUGGUGAUUUAUUUUUGGUCUUUUACCCUGUAAAUUUCUUUGGUAAUUCCUAAUGAUAUUGUCUAGUUCUUAUUUUGUUUUUGCCUUAAAAAA